AUGGCUGGGAACGCGGCUGACAGCUCCGUGUCUGAAAAUGGGGAGGGAGCAGUCGAGGGAGAGGAGAAGGGGAAGGGGACGCUGGAAGGAGGUGAGGAAGGCGAUAUUGACGAUGCCAGUGCCGAGGUAGGGAUUGCACCCGGGAGACCCGAGAACAGCCACAAAGACAGACGCGAAGGCAACGCAGAGGAGGAAGGAAAGAAACGCGCAGCUGUUGACGCGAGGGUCCUCGAACUUGCCGUGACCGCAGUUGUGACAGUGCUGAAGGCGGUUGCUUUGGCGGAGAUCCCUAAUGCGCAGCUGGUGCAGAGGCUGCUGGACGUCGGUUUGUUGGCGCUGGUGGCUGGUGCAGUUGCUGUUCUGGAUGAGAUGGUGAAAAGAGAGGAGGGGCUAGAUGCGUUGAAUAAGGGAGUGGGUACUUUGCAAGAGGUGCCGCAGGAGGGGGUGGAAAGCGAAGCUGAUACUGGAAGAGGAGGAGUAGGAGACGGAGAACAUUCAGGAGUUGAGGUUCAGUUGGGGGUUGGUAACUGUAAAGAGACUGCUGUUGUGGGAGGAGCGGGCGGGGCGAGAGCGGAAGUUCUACACGUGCUGCUGUCGUUCCUGUCCCUUGUCCUGUCCGCCUGCAGGGGUAGUGGUGGUCUGGGAAGAGGAGGGAGUGUUCUGGAAGAAGAAGAAGAGACAGGGAGGUUUGAGUUAAGAGAUGAGGAAUUGGGGGAGGGGAUGGGUGAGGAGGGGAUAGAGGAUGAAGACCAAGCAGAGGAAGAGAACGAGAAAGAGGAGGGGGAGGAGGAGGAGGAGAACGAGGAGGAAGACGAGGAUUCAGAGAAGGUAGAGGGCGACGACGAGGAGGAGGAAGAGGAGGAGGAGAAAGAGGAGAAGGGAAAGGUGGUUGACGAUGCAGAAAAACCAGAUGGUGGAGAGGACGGGUGGUCUGAUGAGGAGCUUGAGAGUCGCUUCCUCAACACCCCUGCAGACUCCAUCAGGACCUCCUGCUCCUGCUCAUCACUCCCCUCUGCGUCUGGCUCAGCAGCAGGAACAGCAGCAGGAGCAGCAGGAGCAGGAGCAGCAGGGGGAGUUGCAGGAGCAGUGGCAGCGCCAGGGUGGUUGUCUGAGACAGAUUUAUCCGCGCAAGCAGCAGCAGAGGAAGACGAGGAGAGGGCUGUGGCGUCCCGCGUGUGUUCGUUCGUGGUGAGUGGCAGCAACUUCAUGGAGCAGCACUGGUACCUCUGCUACACCUGCGACCUCACAGUCUCCCGCGGCUGCUGCUCCGUCUGCGCUGCCGUGUGCCACAAGGGGCACAAGCUCGUGUACUCACGCUUCUCCAGGUUCUUCUGUGAUUGCGGUGCGACGGGACCGGCUCCCCCGUCGACUGCCCCUCCUGCCGCUCGCACGAGUAGUUCACUUGUGGAGUCUGCGAGGCGCUCUGCUGCUGGUGGUAGUGCUGCUGCUUCGGACGCUACAGGCUUGCCGAACCAGGGGGCUUUUAGUCAGUCGGCGACAGGUUCGGGGUCUUCGCCAGCUGCGGUUUGGGAGCGGUUCCGUUGCAGGAGGUCCGGGACAGGCUUGGCGCGGCAGGGGGAGGUUUCAAGGGGAGUGGGAAGAGGGGAAGCCAGUGGGGGGAGUGGGGCAGGCGGGGAUGAAACCGUUUUCAAGGGGUGCUUUGCACUGAAGCCCCGUCCUGUGGGGUCAGGAAAACAGGCAGCGGCAGCAGGAGGGAUAGGGAGAGGAGAAGGCGGAGUGGCUUUGCCAGGAGGCACGUUUGGAUGGCCUGGUGGGUACAGGAAUGGAGAAAAAGAGCAAGGAAGAGGAGGACGAGGAGGGGAAGGAGGAAAAGGAGGGGGUUCUGAAGUUGAAGCGGAUUGGUUGGUGGGGGUGGAGGCGUUUUUGAGCCAAUCAGAGCAUCUGUGUUGGGGAGGGCUGUUGGGGAAGGAGAAACGGAAUGGAGGGGGAGUACUGAGGUUGCAGGAGGGCUUGUGGAGCGAAGAGGUUGUGAGAGGGCUCAGGGGGGCGCUGUCAGGGAAGACAUGGGGGGGAGAAGGUGAGGAGGAGAAGACAGAGGAGGAGGAGAAGGAACAGGAGGAUGUUAGUGAAGCUGGGCGAAGUGGAGAAGCUGGAGUGAAGGAUGGUGAGAAGGAGAAGCGUCAAGAGGAGACGCUGAUCGACAGUGGAGACGGGCAAGAUGGGGCGAGUGAGGGAGUCAAGGAAGGGAAGGAGAAGUCAGGGCGUGCAAAUGAGGAGCCGUCUGAGAGCAAAGAAUCAGGGGCAGAAGGCUCGACUCUGCAAGGCGAGGGCAGUGGGACGGAGGAGGAGGAGGCUGGGUCCAAGGUGGGAGGUGAGGCAGUAGUUGAACCAAGCUCAGAAGGGAGCGGAGCAGGUGAGGGCAGGCAGGGGACUGCGGUGGCAGAGGUGGUUGUAGCGGCGCCAGAGGCUCCUCCCGCCCUGCCAGCAGCGCUGCUGCCAGUGGACCAAGCAGACUUAGGCAGACCUCUGCGCAUGUACCCGGCUGGUUCCUUCCCUCUGCCCCCGCCUGCUCCUGUAGCAGGCGAAACAGGAGCAACAGGUGAAACAGGAGCAACAGGUGCGGCAGGAGCGACAGGAGCAGCGGAUUUAGCAGGCUCAAGAGGUGUGGCAGAUGUAGCAGAUGCGGCAGGGGUUGGGAUAGGCGGAGCAGGAGCAGCAGCUGGGCCAGCGUCGCUCUUGACGAUCAGUCUCGGGGGGAAGGUGGCAAUGGGGACAGGGUCGACUGUGAGGCUGUGGGAGGCAGAUGAUAUAGUCCCUCGCACUGCUGCCAGUACAGGAGCUGAUCAUAGUGGGGAUAAUGACCACGCUGCUGCUGCCGCCACUGCCGCUGCUGCUGAGCUGGCGCCGGUAGCUUCUGACGUGGCACCUGUACCUUCGGUGGAGGAGGCAGCAGCACCGAUGGAGAUAGGCGAGGUGGACGUGGGGUACCCCGUGCACAUGCUGGCCGUCCACCCCACCGUUCACUCGCUGCUGGCAGUCGCAGGGACGAACCAGGUCGAGGUGCUAGUGCUGGAUGAUGACUGCACGCUCGUCACUCGCUCAGCUGUGCUAGUGCUGGACGAUGACUGCACGCUCGUCACUCGUUCCGCUGUGAACCUGCGUGCUGCCCUUCCCUCAUGUUCUUACUUGCCCCUUUCCCCCUCAUCCCCCCCCCCACAUUCGACGUCUUUCCUUCAGGUGCUAGUGCUGGACGAUGACUGCACGCUCGUCACUCGCUCAGCUGUGAACCUGCGUGCCGCUCUCCGCACUGCAAGGAAACACCGCCGGCCACACAGGCAGCAGCAGGAACAGGCAGAGGAACAACCGGACGAGGAUGGAGAGGCAGAGGCAGAGGCGGAAGAGGAGGAGGAGGAGGAGGAGGAGAAGGGUGAUGCUCCCAUUAUCACACCUACGCCCCCCCAAUCAUCCCUUCCCUUCCCUUCCCCCCUCAAUCAUCUGUCCGUCCUACAGGCACGCCUGCUGGUGGCGACCCCCUCAGUAGCGCUCCUGUUUGCAGUGGCUGGGUUUCUCGUCUCUCCUGACGGCCGCCACCUCUUCUUUGCUCGCCUCACGCUCUCCGGACAGGGGUUUCUCGUCUCUCCUGAUGGCUGCCGCCUCUUCUUUGCUCGCCUCAUGCUCUCUGGCCAGCAUCUCACCAGGGGCUUCCCAUGCUUCUCCCAUGCGCUGGUUCGUAACGCUGCUGCUGGUAACCCUGUAGGUGGUAACCAGGUUGGUGGUGGUAACCACCCAGGCCGUAUUGUGGGCGUGGCAGCAUGUCGAGCUAGUAAGGAGAGGGAUGGUAGUGAGACAGAAGAGGAGGAGGAGGGCUACGAGGAGGAAGAGGAGGAAGUGGAAGAGGAGGAUAUGGAUGAGGAGGCAGGAGGGGAGGAGGCUGAGGAGGAGCAGAGGCAGGGUGAAGGCGAGAGUGGGAGGGCCCAGGCUCAGGAGAUUAGUCAGGUGGAUGGGGAUAACCGCGUGGUGCUGCUGUUUCAGGAUGGGUCUCUAGUGCCCCUUUCCCCGGAGGAGGAGCUACAGAUUGCUGUGAACACUCUGCUCUGUAUUGUGGAUAAAGGAGGGGCAGGCAGCAAAACAGAUGCCCCAGUAGCAGCAGCAGCAGCAGCAGCAGCAGCAGCAGCAGCAGCAGCAGCAGCAGCUUCAGGGGGAGAAGCAGGAACGGGUUCAUCUGGGGCAGGUACAUCUGCAGGGCAGCUUUCCAAGCCGUUCCCAGCAGUGCCCUUGGAUCUGAUUGGCCGCCGGAAGCCCCCGGGCUGGACUCCCAGUUUCCCCCAUGAUUUCUUUGAGCAUACGGUGUGUGUAACCCCGGAAGUGCGGUUUGCAGUGCACGGCGUGCGAGGAAGCAGGAGUGGCGGAGGUGGGGGGAGUGGUGGGAGCAGCGGCAGCAGGAGCGGGAGUGGGAGUGGGAGUGGGAGUGGGAGUGGUAGUGCUGGUGGUGGUGGGAGGAGUGCUGGUGGUGCUUCAGGGUCUGCUGCUGACGUGGCAGGGAUGAGUGACAUGGACAGUGAAACCGUGCUGCAUAAUCUCAUGGCUGAGGACGGUUUCCUGGAAGCUUCCUCCUCAAAGGGUUUCAAGAUCACUGUAACCAACACCAACUCCAGUCUCCUACUCGUGGGAAUCCGCGUCCUGGUGGGAAUCUCUCCCUCCUCGCACACCCCCUCCUCCCUCUCCCUCUUCCACCGCUCCCUCCCCCUCGACCGCUCCUCCCGCCGCUGGUACGACCUCCCCUUCACUCCCGCCGAAUCUCUGCUGGCAGACCGCCACGUCAGCAUCCACGUGGGCCCCGCUUUUGGGGGGGAGGGCUGGCAGCAGGGAGAGCAGCACGCAGAGAAGGAGGCAAAGGAGGAGGCAGAGGAAGGACAGAAGGCAGGCUUAGAGAAGAAGGAGCAGGUGUUAGGGCAGGAAGGGAAGGCCAAUCUGGGGAAGGUGCAGCUGUUGGGGGAGGAUCUGCUGAAGGAACUGCUCCAGGAGGUGUUGAGAGGAGGCCCGGAGGAGGAGGAGAAGGAGGAAGAGGGGCUGGGCAGUCCCGUGAGAGGUGGUGGUGGUGGUGGUGGUGGUGGUGGUGGUGCGGAAGAAGGGGCCAUGGCAGAGGUGCUACUGGGCUUGUGCCGAUCGCUGCAUCCAUCGCAGUCGGAUUUUGUCCAGGCAUGCGACUCAACAGAGCUCUCUCUAGCCUUGGAGACACAGCCCAACCAACGGGCACAUGCUCUCCAGAGGCAAAUGAAUGCCAUGGCGCACAUCGCACUGCUGCGGCCCUCCAGCAUACGCCACUUCCUCUCUGCCACAGGCGUCCCUCCCCUAGAAGCGCUUCACAGCCGGCUGCUCUUAGCCCUGCAGGCUCCAGAAGAGAAUACUGCAGACGCGACAGCAGGGAGUGCAGAAGUCAGGGGUGCAGACAGCAAGGGGAUGGGUGGGGAAGAUCCAGAUGGCACGGGGGUGGGGGAAACGGAUGGUGGUGGCACGGGGGUGGGUGGAAAGGAUGCUGCAGAGGGUAAGGGGAUCGGGGGAAGGGAUGAUGAUGGUAAGGAGGGGGAUGGUCGGGUUUCUGCUGGGGUGAAGCAAGCUCUGGUGGGCUCGUUUGUCCGACUGCUGGUUGCUGUAGCAGGCAGUCUGCUAGUCCCACCUGAACCCACUGCAGCUGCUGCUCUUGGUGCUCUUCCUACUGCUGUUCCUUCCACUGCUGCUGCUUCUCCUGCUGCUGCGCCUGUUGCUGAAUCGGGAGUGACGAUGGAAUGGGUGGUGACCAGGCUGCGUGACCUUCUUCUUUCUUCCGAUGCUGCUGUUGCGGAGUCGUGCUGGAUGGCGCUUUGUGCUCUCUUCCUGCCGCCGCCUCCUCUCCCAUCUCCACUGCCUUUGGCCUCCAAGCAACUUGAAACACCGGCAAACAAUGCAGUUGACAGUAGCAGCAAGGACAGCGGGCAGGCAGCAGCAGCAGAAUGUUCCACAGCAGGGGGAACUGCUUUUCAAGCCUUUGGGGGCACCGGUGUUUCUGGUGCUGACGCUGGGUUUGGUGCGGAUGGUGCUGAUGGUGGGGCUGGCACAGGUGGCGCUGCUCUUGCUGCCACAGCUGGUGGUGCUGGUUUUGGUUCCUAUGUGGAGAGUGGAGUGGUGGAAGGGGAGGGCUCAGCAGAAGACAUGGACAUAGACCAAACAGACAUGAACCACGGAUUUGGUCACGAGUUUGAUCAGAACAUAGACCCGCAGUUGUCGGUGGUGCAGUUCUGCUGUGAUUCCUGCGGCGUGUGCCCCAUUCAAGACGUGCGGUGGCACUGCCUCGUGUGUGACGACUUUGACCUCUGUAACGAGUGCCAUCAGGCCGUGUCCGCUGCUGCUUCUGCUGGCUCCUCCGCUGCUGCUGCUGAUGGUGCGGGGUCUGCUGCUUCUCUCUUCCCCUUCAGCUCUCACAGCAUCUCACACCCAAUGGUCUCCAUUCCCAUUGAUCCUGCAGCAGAUGGCAUGGGGGAGGACGGAGGGGUGGAGGGGCUUAUGGGCAGGCUUGGGUACGGGUUUGGCGGGGAGUCUGGUGAGGAGGAUGGUAGUGUUGGUGCUGAGUUUGGUACAGGGUUGGACGCUUCUGGGUUUAUCGGGGAUGCAGUUUCUGCUGAUGCUGCUGGUGGUGGUGCUGCUAGUGCGAGUGCGCUCGACGGUGCUGCUGGUGGCUCUGGAGUGGAAUCGGGGGUAGAGGCGGAUAGAGAGGAGGGGGAACAGCAGGAGCAGGGGCAGCAGGGGAUUGAUGGCACUGAUGGGACUGAUGGGACCGACAAGGGGGAGUGCGCAGGGAAUACGGUGAAGGAUGGAGAGGAGGAGGAGGAGAAGGCGAGUUGGGAGGGAGUGAGGAUGCGUAUAAACCAGGUGGGACAGGAGGUGCUGCAGCAGCUGCUCUCCUCCUUCUCUCCUGGUUGGUCCCUCCCUCCCCAACCCACUCCCACUCCCCCCUCCUCUGAUACUUCCUGCCCUCGCUCCCCUCCCAUGCCACUGCUUCAGCUGCUCCUGCGGGUAUCUGCAGCAGGGGCAGCAGGGGUGGGACCUAUGGCAGUUGCUGUGCCAAGUAUAGGUUCUUUUGAGAGGAGGAAGAAUGAGAAGAAAGGAGGGGCUUGGAAGACGGAGGAGAAGGGAAUCGGAAACCUGGACUCGCCUGGAGCCCAGCUGCUGACGUGGACGCUGACGUGGCUGGUUGAUGAGCUGGAGCACAGCUGGCGCCAGGUGUCUGGAGCGAGAGAAGGGCGUGUGGAUGUCAGCGCUGGUGGUGCGAGUUCUGCCGACGUAGCAGCUUUGACCUGCUCUUUGGAGUUCCUUGUGCUGCUGUUUCGUACCUUGCAGUACCAUUUACAACCGCAGCAGCAGCAGCAGCAGCAGCAGCAGCAGCAGCAGCAGCAGCAGCAGCAGCAGCAGCAGCAGCAGCAGCAGCAGCAGCAGCAGCAGCAGCAGCAGCAAUGGCAGGCUCAGCAGCAGCAGCAGCAGUCCAAGUUAGGGUUACACCUCCUCCUCCAUUGCUCCUCAUGCCCUGCUGCCACCAGGCUCCUCACGCUCCUCCACUCCAUUGUUUCCUCCUGCCACCCACACGCCCCACUCACCCACACACCCAGCUAUACUGAGAUCAACACCAGUACCACUGAGGCUAAGGUGUUGGUGGGAGGCUUGGGGAAGGACGGUAUUGAAAGUGGAGUGGGAGGGAAGGGAAGCGAGGAAUUGCUGCUGUGGGCGCUGUGCCUUGCUGCUGAAGUGGCACCCUUAUGCCUCACAGAGAAAGGAGUGCUCGCUGAGAAGGGGGUGGUGAGAUUUGAGUCGACUUGGCAGCCUCUGCUUUGUGCUUACUUGCAGAGAGUUGCUCUACAGCGAGUAUUGGCUCAGCCCAAGGAGCAGGAGCGGACCAAAGAGGGGGCUGUUAUAGCCCAGGUAGAUCUGGAACGGUUUGGAGCGGUUGAAUGCAGUGAGAGUGGUGAUGUUGGGAAGCCGGGGGAGGAAGGAGGGGCGAGAAUGGGGGGGAGAGAAGGGAAGUAUGUGCGGCAGUUGUUGCUGCUGACUUGUGGGCGGGAUGAGAGAGAGUGUGUGAGGAUGCAGCGAGUGUGUAAGCUUGCUGCAUACAUGCAUGGUCUUCGCUCCUCUCUCCACCCUUUCUUCCCUCUUCUUCCCUCCUCUCCCCACCUCCCAUCCCCUUCCUCUACCCACCUCCCAUCCCCCAUCCCUCCUCCACUCCCCUACUCCAUCAAAGUCCAAUCCCUCCUGCUCCUCAAUGCAAUCCUCCACGUGGCGCAAUCUCAGCCGUCCACGUGGCGCUGGUACUGCGCAGGCAAGGACACGUCAGCGCUCCAGCUGCUGGCGGCUGUAGCGACCGCUACAUCCUCCCCCCGCUGGGCGGCAGAGGACGAGCCUCUUGCUGUGUGCGCGCUACAGCUGGUGGCUCUGGCGUUUGACUGUGAUAGCAGCGGUAAAAGCGGCUGCAGCAGUAACAAGAAAAGAAAGGGGUUUGGUGCGGUUGAUAUGGGUGUGCAAGCAGCUGCUCUGUUUGGGGUCUCAUUGGAUUCCCAGCAGCAGACACAGGAGCAACAGAGUCAUGGGCAGGGGCAGGAGGCAAGGAGGGAAGGCAGCAGCAGGGAUGGUGCGGCUACUGGCAUUGUUCAGUUCAUCGCAUCCUUGGUGCUCUCUGCUGCCUCUGCCAGGCUGCGAUCCCAGGGAUGCAUGGUCAUGCAGGUAUGUGUGCCUGCUCUGUGCCUGCGCAUGCGCUGUGUAAGUGUUGUCUUCUCCCGCCUCCUCCUCUCGCUCCUCGCUGACCUGGCGUCCAGUCAGCAGCCAGCUGGCACCGCUGACGUGGCAACACGAGCCGCAGCCGUGCUGCUGACGCAGCUGGCGCAACAGAGUCAAGCGGUGGCCAACCAUCCGAGCUCAUCACUCAACUAUGCCUUGCAUAGACUCCUGGGGCCGGAGAGUGAGGGAACAAGCGCUGCUGCUGGUGGUGGUACUGGUGGUGGGGGCAGUGGUGGGGGUAGUGGUGCUGGCAGUGGCGGUAGGUCAGGUGCAGCAGGAACAGGAGCAGCAGGAGGAGCAGGAGCAGGAGGAGGGGGAAGAGGAGGAGGAGGAGGCAGGGGGUCGGUGUGGGGGAAGGCAGAUGGGGAGCCGUGUGCGGUGUGUGCGUAUCCCGAGGCGGUGUGGGGGAGUGUGAGGAUGGAGAGUGUGCGGCAGGAGGUGCGCUUCUCCGACUGCCGCAUCUUCCUGCGCCUCACAGAGCCGCACCUCAUCAAGGGUUUCACCAUGACAGUUCACGACUCGAGAAGGGGUCGCUCCGUGAAGGACCUGCGGCUGCUGGGGAGCAACAGUGCUGCCUGCGACCUGCAGCAGAUCAAGACCGCUACAGACGAGCUCUGCCGCCCAAUCGCUCGCUGCCAGCUGGCGGCCGACCAGCCUGAGAUCCGCGUGGAGCUCCCCCUCCCUGUGGCGCUGCGCUUCAUCGUUGUGGAGUUUGCUUCCUUCCACGAGAACCACCCGUCGUCCUCGUCUCGCGAGUCGUUGCAGUGUCCGCGGUGUAACCGAGUGGUGACCAGCCGGCACGGCAUGUGCGUGGUGUGCCAUGAGAACGCCUUCCAGUGCCGCCAGUGCCGCUCCAUCAACUACGACAACCUCCACGCCUUCCUCUGCCCGCAAUGCGGCCACUGCAGGUACGGUCGGUUCGAUUUCGCACUGCAAGCUCACCCUUGCCCUUCCUCCAUCGACCCGAUUAUCUCCGAGGAAGCUUCCAAGAAGGUUGCAGCAGCACUGGAGGCCGAGGCUGAGUCAGCAACCCGGCUCCGUCAGCAGCUGCAGGCGCUGCGCCGGCCAAUCGUGCGCCUCGUUUCGUCCAUUAUGGAUGAUGACGCAGCUGCUGACGUGUCAGCAGCUGACUUGCUGAAUCCCGGCCCGAUCUCAGCAGGAACAGCAGCAGGAGGGGCAGGAGGUGGAGCAGGAAGAGCAGGAAGAGCAGGAGGAGCAGGAGUUGGAGCAGGAGGGCUUAGCAGAGAGAGGGCAGUAGGAGGGCGAUCAGGGCUGGAAGGAGGAGGGGGUCUGUCGUCCCUGCUGCAAUUAGCAGCAGCAGCAGGCGGAGCAGGAGGCAGUGGUGCAGCAAGAGGGGCAGGGGGAGGAGGAGGGGGAGGAGCAGGAGGACGGGGAGGAGGCUCGGGAGUGUUUGGUCCUGAAUGGGAGAAGUACGCAGAGGGUUACUUCAGUGACGGGUUCUAUGAGAUGAACUUGAUCGCGAUGAACGGCAUGGAUGCGAUCUGUGAGGACCCUGGGUAUACUGAGAUGGGAAAAUUCAAGGAGUUAUCGGUUGAGGAUGAUGAGAGUGAGGACACGGAUGAUACGGCAGCGAGUGUGGAGGCAGCAGUGAAGCAGAAAGAGGAGAUAGUCGCCAUGGAGGCAGCAGCAGUGAAUGGUGGAGAUGGAGAUGGUGUCAACACCUUUGCAGCAGCGAUCGUGGUUGAAGAUGAAGCAGCAAAUGCGAAGUGUGUGGGAGUUGAAGCUGUGAAAGGGGACAUCAUGGUGAAGGGAUCAACGGCGAAUGCAACUGCAAAUGGGCGAGUGCUUACGAAAGAGGAACACGUUAAGGGGUGUGAGACCCGAGAGGUGUUGGGUGUUAAGAUGCCGAGGAGAAGUGAGAGGCUUACGAAAAUCUCUCAUGGUUUGGACGUCAUGGCGCUCAACUUCAAGACACGUAAGCAGAAGUUCAAGGCACUCCUCCCCAUCCCAGCAGCCCCCUCCGCCCUCCUCUCUCUCUCCGCCAUCCCCACCAUCUUCUCCUCCUCACUCCUCUCCAGCCCUCCCUCCUCUCGCUCCCGCGCCCGCCACCUCUUGACCCGCCUCGCUCUCACCUCCCCCCUCGCCUCACACAAUCUACUGGAUCUAAUCGAAUCUAAGGUCUCUGCUGCAGUGGGCGGCUAUCUGCUUGCUGACGUGGCGCCAGCUGUCAAGGACCCGCUGCUGCUCCUUGCUGACCUGUCUUCGUCCCCAUCUGAGCCAGACCCGAGCCCAUCGAAAUCUGCCGUUUCGUCUCCUUCCAGGAAGCUUCUAUGCUUGCAACUGGCUACUCGUCUGUUCUUCCAAGCCCUCGCCACCACCCAUCUGCACCCCUCUGUAUCGGACCAUGUGCUGCUGCCCACCCUCCGUAUAGCCACCUCCUCUUGCAAGCACGCUGCUUUGGAGGGGCCAGAGAGGCAGAAUGGGGCAACAAAUUCUCAGACUGGAGGAGAAUCUUUACAGAAUGGGGACGGGAUAUCAGAGAGUGCAAAUACCAGUGCCAGUGGUACUUCAGAGGUUGACCCUUUGCCGCCCUCAGUUCGCAAGUUUGCCGCCUGGUGGCGCGACCGCACGCGUGAGCGCAGCGUCCUGGACUGCAGGCUUCGGCUGUUAGUGCGCUCUUUCGGCAGCUGGUGCUUCGGCAGCACUCGUCCCUACGCCCAAUCAGGAAACCGCCACCUUCAAGGAAAUCAAAUAUUUCUCACUGCAGAUCUGAUCGCCAGCUGUCGCUCGCCGCCCGGUCUCCGAACAGAGAUCUGCGAUCUGCUCGAGCUGCUGGCAGGGGUGGCCCCUCGAUACAAUCACGCUGUGCUAGAAUCACUGCUUUCCCUCCUCCCUGCCACCACACACGCCGGCGAAGCCUCAGCAGAAUACUUCUCGCUCCUCUCCCGCCUCCUCUCCUCUCCUCACCCUCCUGCCUCCAGCAGACCCUCGCAAAACAGAACCGCAUCCUCUUCCAAUACAUCCCUCCUUUCCACUCAGUUCCGUCCCUAUUCGUACUCAUCAGCAGCCCAGGGAAGCCUCUCCCCCCUCCGACCCCCUCCAGGCACAGCCGCUCGUGCUCUCCCCUCCUCCUCCUCGUCUCGUCCUGCUUCCACCCGUUCCUCCUCAAACCAACCCUCAGUAGACCAGCCGUGCGUGCAGCACUCCUCUCUGCUCUUCCUAGCAGCCCGAGGCGUCCUCCCUGCCCUCACCUCCUUCAUUUCUCACUCCGUUGCCCAGCUGCAAGCACACGAGUCCCGGGCUAUGGCACCACUGCUUGCUCCCUCCUCCUCCUUCUCGCUCCCGCCUUUCGCCGCCUCAUCUGCUGUCUCUGCUGCCCCUGCCGCUGCGUCUGCCUCGGCGGCGUAUCCCAUCCUGCAAGCCAUUCGGCUGCUGCACCAGGCCGUGCAGCAUCCCAAGCUGCUCAAGCUCUUCCUUCACUCAGCAUACAGGCGCAGUGACAGGGGUGUUAACGCCAAUACCAGCCAAGGCACCAGCAGCAGCAGCAGCAGCAGCAACACCAGCAGCAGAAGCAGCAGCGCUAGCAGGUGUUUGGUGCAGGCAGUGCGAGCAUUGGUAGGGCUGCAAGGGCUGGUGGUGACGAGAACUCAACUGGUGGUGGAGUGCCAGCAGCUGCUCUCCCUCCUGCUGCAGGGACUCGUGACGGAAGCCGAAGGGGAGAGAGCGGAAGGGAUGGGGCGUGAGGAGAGGUGUGAGACGAGUGAGGGGAGGAGGAGAGCGUUUGUGGCGGCGUGUGUGGAGGUGCUGGGGGAACUGGUGGUGGCGGAGGAGGGAGAGGCGGGGCACGAUGCUGCGGCUUGUGAUUCUUGGAGGGCAAUAAGUUUUCUCCUCCGGCAUCUGUGCAACACCAUCUGCCCCACACGCCCUGAGCCCGAAUACGAGAUGCUGCUCAUCAUGGCAGCGACACUCACGAUGCACCCCACCUGCUAUCUUCCUCUUCUCCUUCUUCCCCGUCCCUCCCGUGCCUUCGUGUCCCUUCUCCAGUUCCUUCUCCGGCAUCUCUGCAACACCAUCUGCCCCACGCGCCCCGAGCCCGAAUACGAGAUGCUGCUCAUCAAGACGGCCCUCCCUCUCAACCCACACCUCCCUCACCCCCACUUCCUCUCUUCCCACUCUCCCCCACCUUUCCCCACCCCUCAUUCUCCCCCCCUUCCGCUCCCCUCCAUUCCUUCUCCGGCAUCUCUGCAACACCAUCUGCCCCACGCGCCCCGAGCCCGAGUACGAGAUGCUGCUCAUCAAGGCAGCGACACAGGAGGAGUUCCUGCCAGGGAGAUUGCAGCACAACCCCUACUCCUCCAAACAGGUUACGAGAUGGUGGUGGUGCUGGUCAAGGCAGCAACACAGGAGGAGUUCAUUCCAGGCGCCUGCAGCUGCAGCACAACCGGUUGGCUUUUCAAUGAGGGAUGUGAAGAAUCUGAUCUGCAAGAGUUGGAGCUGCAUGGGCUCAUGGACGACGACUAUGGCAUGGCGCUGCUGGUUGGACCUCUCAUGAGAGAUGUGAAGAACCUCAUAUGCAAGGAGCUGGAGCUGCUGGAGCUGCAUGGGCUGAUGGACGGCGACUAG